AUAUGGUUCUGCUCUUUACCAGCACACGAUUCUACCGUAUUGUACGUAAAUUACGUUUGAUCGGUCGGAGUGACAAAGAGAGCGAGCAGAGACUGACGGAGCAGGCAUAAAAAGAAAUUGAGAUUUGAGGAGUGCUCUUGGAAUUAUUUCCCACACAAUUAAGCACCCGGUAUAGUUUUUGACCCAUCUAUCGUCCGCAAAGGGUUCAGAUUACCAAGUUCGUGUUUUGGGGGUCUGAUCUGUUUGGAGUGCUGUGGAAAUCAUUUGAUAACAAAUCUGGAAAUUCGAAAGAAAUCACUUGAAUUGCUGGCUGGGCUGAACAGGGGAGCCGCCAUGGCUGGUGCUGUCGGAUCAUUGAGUCUCCACCUCAGUAUAUGAAGAAUUAUGGUGCUAUUUGAAUGAACGGAAUUUCAAUUUAAGCAAGCACAUUUGAUAUAUUUUUACUUUUAGUAUUAUAAAUUAUAACGCUGAAAUAUUGUAAAUCAAUAGAUUAGCCUAUAUGAAGACACCGCUAAAUAAGUUUUUUUAAUAGAGGAAAUUGGGAAAAGGCCAUUUUCAUGAGACAUUUGGUAAUGCAAGACAUUUUGUUGGAGGUGAAGAAGAAGAACGUUGUUUAAUUAUUUCUGUAAGAGGAUGAAUUGAGAGAAGACUCGUGGACAGAAGUAAGCUAGCCUUUAGGCUAAGAACGGUUCGAGACAAUUUUGGGUGGACGGCGAGGUUUUUGUUUAGUCAUUUUUAAUUAGGCUAAUACUCAGAAGAUCGUAUUAUUGUUUUUGAAGUAGAAGGACAACGCAAACAUAACGAAAAACAUCUGCAAGUGAGAGACUGAGCGACGGUCUGGAACAGGAAUAUGUCGGGUCGGCCUAGAACCACCUCGUUUGCAGAGAGCUGCAAGCCAGUGCCGCAGCCUUCAGCGUUUGGUAGCAUGAAAGUCAGCAGAGACAAAGACGGGAGCAAGGUGACCACGGUCGUGGCGACGCCGGGCCAGGGCCCCGACCGGCCGCAGGAGGUCAGCUACUCCGACACCAAGGUGAUCGGGAACGGCUCCUUCGGCGUGGUCUACCAGGCCAAGCUGUGCGACUCCGGCGAGCUGGUGGCCAUCAAGAAGGUCCUGCAGGACAAGAGGUUCAAGAACCGCGAGCUGCAGAUCAUGCGGAAGCUGGACCACUGCAACAUCGUGCGCCUGCGCUACUUCUUCUACUCCAGCGGAGACAAGAAGGAUGAGGUGUAUCUCAACCUGGUGCUGGACUACGUUCCUGAGACGGUGUACCGGGUGGCCAGGCACUACAGCCGGGCCAAACAGACCCUCCCCAUGGUCUUCGUGAAGCUGUACAUGUACCAGCUCUUCCGGAGUCUGGCCUACAUUCACUCCUUUGGGAUCUGCCAUCGGGACAUCAAGCCUCAGAACCUGCUGCUGGACCCCGAGACGGCCGUCCUCAAGCUCUGUGACUUUGGGAGUGCGAAGCAGCUGGUACGUGGUGAGCCCAACGUGUCCUACAUCUGCUCCCGGUACUAUAGAGCCCCUGAGCUCAUCUUCGGAGCCACAGACUACACCUCCAGCAUAGACGUGUGGUCAGCUGGUUGCGUGCUAGCAGAGCUGUUGCUAGGGCAGCCCAUAUUUCCUGGAGACAGCGGAGUGGACCAGUUGGUGGAGAUCAUCAAGGUUUUGGGGACACCCACAAGGGAACAGAUCCGUGAGAUGAACCCCAACUACACAGAGUUCAAGUUCCCCCAGAUCAAGGCACACCCCUGGACUAAGGUGAGUCAACAGGUGUUUCGACCGCGGACGCCCCCUGAGGCGAUAGCGCUGUGCUCGCGGCUGCUGGAGUACACGCCCACCGCCCGCCUCACGCCCCUGGAGGCCUGCGCCCACUCCUUCUUCGACGAGCUGCGCGACCCCAACGUCAAGCUGCCCAGCGGGAGAGAGAAACCCGCCCUCUUCAACUUCACCACCCAAGAGCUGUCCAGUAAUCCCUCGCUGACCUCCAUCCUCAUCCCCGCCCAUGCCCGAAAUCAAGCUGGGGUCUCCACCCCUGCCAACGCCUCUGCUACUUCAGAUUCCAACAUUGGAGACUGCGUUCAGACCACCAACGCUGCCUCUGCCUCUGCCUCCAGCACCUGAACGUCCCGCACAAGCCCAGCCAGCCCCCACCACCUCCCCCACCUGUCCAGGGCCAUGCUCCCCUGCCGCUUGCUUGCCACGCCCAUUUCCUGGGAAAACCAGGAAUUAACAGAAGUCAAUCAGACUGAAUCCCCUUCAUCUGCUAUAUGUUUUUUUUAAAUGAAAUGACAUUAAUGGGUAUGCUAUCCGCAUACAGGUAUACAUGCAAACACGCAUAUACAGUAUAUAUGCUGAGAACCUUUUUGUUUUUCCCUUGACAAUCAUUUUACUGAAGCAUGAUUGUAGGGCUCUCCCUCCCCCCUCCAGUACUGCUCGUUCAGUGCAGUCUCUGCUCUGUCCUCUCCACUGUACAUGGCGGUGCACCCAGAUUCAUGUCCACUGACCCUGGGUCAGUCACAGGGCCUCUCUCCUUGUCCUCCACCAGUGCAUGGCUUCUGUUUGGUUUGGAGCUUGGAGGGGUCCACUCUAAGUGUUUUAGAUUGACUCGUUUAAAAAAUGCACAUUUCAAAAUGCAAAACGACCCCUGAGAUAUAUGACCAGCUUUGGUUUUGAAAUAGAUUUUUUAUUUAUUUUUAUGAGGGAGCAUUGCAUAUUUUAAAGCACCCAGUCCAGAGAACGGGAUUCAGUGAAGUCAGAUCAACUAUUUUCCUUUUUUAUGAAUAGUGAGCAUAUGAAUUAUGAAUUAUUUUUUUUAGGGCGGGGGUGGUGUUGGGGAGAACAGGAACUAAUAAUUGUGCCAUGUACCUACAUCUAUGUAUUUGUGUGUGUAUAUGUAUAUAUGUGUGUAUAUAUAUAUACAUGCAUACAGUUUAAAUAUUACUUUGCAUCAUGUAAAAUAUAUAUAUACAUAUAUAUAUAUAUAUAUAUCAAACACCAGAAAGUUAAACGGUGCAGUGGCAAUAUUUGCUGCUGCUUAAAAGUGCUGAGGAUGACUUCUGGAGUUUUCUCUGGAUAAGUCAUCUUUCUAGCGUUGGUGUUGUCUUUUAACAUUAAUCCAUGUGUUUUUUUUUUUUUUUGUCGCCUGCAUAAAAUUUAAAUUAAUAUUUUACAUCUGCUUUUAACCUUCCUAUUUAUUACCUUAAUGUGACUUACCCACAGAGCCGUUGGGUGUGUUUGUUGGCUGCCUUGGUUUUGGUGGCCGGGGGGAGUGCUGGACUGAAGGGGUGUUCACCACCCAAUCGCUGUGGUCCCCGCAGAUUUAGUCAGCGUUUGGUUCCUUCAGCGUGUAUCCCCAUUUCUCACCCCCCGGACUGUUGUACUGAGUGGUUCAGGUGACGCGUAUCUGUGGAUGGAUACUCCUCUGUUUAAUAGGAAGAGGAUUGGAGAGGGGGACAUAUUUUGUUUUUUGUGGGAGCGCUCAUGCAGGGGCUGUUUCCAUGGCUGGAACUUGGCCUUGUCCACCUGGUUCAGUCCCAUCUCAGCGACUUGGUUUGCUAGCUUCUGAAGGACCCGAAUCCAAGAGAUCUUCACCCAGGCUGAAAGGGACCGCCAAAAGAGCUGAGGACUGGUACACGGGCGUCGUCCGGAUUACUGAUCCCAGUCUCCAGCCGGGCCUCUUGCUGCGUUGCCCUGGGAACUCAGGGGAUUGUGGGUAAUGAAAGGGCAGGUGGUCGGCGAUGACGGGAUCUGCUAAAAGAACCUUGGAUUGAGUGAUGCCCCAGAAAGAGGCCAGCAUCCCCAUACCUCCUUUCCACUGCAUGGGCCGUGCUCGUUUUGGAGGGAAAAACCUUGACAACACUUGAAAGCUGGCACCAGCCGAGGAUCAGAGUCCCCGUAAACAAGUGAGGCUACAGCAAGUGCUGCCCCCUGCUGGAAAACACAAACAUUUGCGCAGCUCUACAGGAAAGGCUCUAUACUGGUAUGGCCUAGCUUUCCAGGAGCACUGCUGUCACACUGAACUGUUUAUGACAACCCAACACCCCUCAGCCCUCUUCACCAAACUUGUUUGUCCACGCUUGCACUUGUUUUUGCAAGUAGCUUUCUGAUCGAUCCUGUACAGUAACGGCCCAGUUCAGUUCAGGGGCUGUGCCUAACAACGUGUGCUGUCGCAAGGCUGUGGCUGUAUUAAGCCCCAGUUGCAUACAGAAAGCAAACUUAUAUAUCACAAUGAGAACCACGUUUAGCUGGCAGCCACACCAGAGAAUUGAUGUUCAUUCUCUCCACCUGAUCAAUUGAUUCCUUUCCAGUAGUCAUGUCUGUGUUGUGACCUCAGCACCUAAACAGCGCCGAUUGGUUUGCUGUGUUUUACCAUUGCAAUGCUGCUGUUUCAUGCCAUUGAUCAAGGUCUCUUUUGCAGUUGCCUUUCUGGUGCAACUAACUCAAUUCCUUCACUUGAGCAAUUUACAUCUUUUAAUCGCAUUAAUUGCUAUAAUGUUUGCUGUCAUCCUUUCACAUCAGUUCUUAAUGGAGAGAAAUGUUCUGUUUGCCAUGAUUUGCCAUGAUUCCUAUUAUUAUUAUUAUUUCUGUUCCUUUUAACCUUUUAUUUUAUUGACAUUGGGCAGAAAUUAGCCUGAAGGAUUGUACUGUGCUUCCUACUGGCAGUGGGACAUUGUAUUCUAAGCCACUACUGAAGGAGUCUGCUUGUACAUCACUGUUCCCUGACCCCGCCCCCCAAGUCGACCGCAUUGUAAAACACGCCCACCUGUCUUCAGAACAAUCUGCCAACAUGUCUUACUUCAGAGUUCUUAUGGAAUGAGAAAAAAAAAACACUAAAAAGAAAAAUUUGUAUAUAGUUGCUCCUCACCAAAUUAUGGCUUGUACUUAUUUCCUUUUAGUGUGUAUGGUAUGUAAAUAUGUGGACCCAAGAACUGUUAAUGAGCAAAAACUAAAACAAGGAAAAAAAUAUCUAAAAAAUUCAGGGCAAAUAUAAUUGUUCAUUCAAAAAUGUAGAUUAGCAUUUUUUUCAGCCAUAUAGUUCAAUCUUGACUGUACAGUAGGUACCACCUAUAUUAUUGUAACAAUAACUAGUAAUGUAUAGUGUAUCUAUAGUUUGGAGUGCCUUUGCUACCAUUUGUUCAGUCUCCUGUUCCGUACCCUUGACCCAUGCCCCCACCAGGAGCCAUGUUAAAUUUCCAGUCACUCCCACCUCUUCAAAUGCACCACUUCCACAUUUGGCACGAGUUUGUCAGAACUUUUCUAUGCUCUAACUUCCUUUUGCACCCAUGUGAGUAGGAAUUUGUUAAGUGAUUGAGCUGUCACCUGUUCUCUGUCAGGCCAGACUACAUAUGGUGUCUUUUUUUUUUUUAAGAGAACUAUAUCUGUAUUGGGCUGCAGUGGAUAUCUCUAUCUCACUCGCUCUCACUUUCGCUGUCACUCUGAAACGUGGAACGUUACUAAUGUGGUGUAUUUACUGAAAGAAGUUGAAUCCUGCCCCUUACCAAAGUGAUUGGAUGCAUGGUGAACCGGCCUUUGGAGUCUAUAAAAGUCUAAGCUAGCUCCAAGGCCUUGUGGUCUAUACCAGGGACAUUGUUUAAAUUCACAUUCACUCAAGGGGAGAAAUAUAUAGCCCACAACACUCCAUAUAUAUAUUUGCUUGUAAUAUUUGCAUUCAUAGAUGCAUUCAUGUGAUCAUUUCUCAUGACAAAAACUUUAAGAGUAAAUAUAUAUAAAUAUAUAAAUAUAUAUAAACACAAAGUUCAAAAUGUAAUUUAAAAAAAUGUUUGUAUACAGACUAUCACAUACACUUGUGAAGAAACGCUGUCUUGAUUCAAAAGAAAAAUAAUAUAACAAAAAGCAGCCUGUACUUCAUUACAACUACUUGAAUGCCUUUGUUUGUAACUGACCUUUUUAUUUUAUUUUAAAUAUAAACUUUUUUCCUGUGAAAGUAUGCUAAAUGUUCCCCACUCCCUGUAAAUAUGUCCUCUUUGUUCCUCUGUGUGAGUUGGUUCAAAGAAACAGUUACCUGGUACUGUAAUUUGCAUUAAAUAAAUAGUAGAUUAGCCUGAAAAUAAA